CCUUUAAAUAGAGCUCCUCUGCAGCUCUUCGGCCUCGGUGAUCGCAUCCCCGCAGCUCGUCUUCACAAGUUCUCCUCAACCCUCAACCAAGCCUUCUCUCAGCAGAAAUGGAGCGUACCUUCAUCGCUGUGAAGCCCGAUGGCGUCCAGAGAGGACUGUGCGGCGAGAUCAUCAAGCGAUUCGAGCAGAGAGGCUUCAGGCUGGUGGCUGCCAAAUUCGUGCAGGCCUCUGAGGACCACAUGAAGAAGCACUACCUGGACCUGAAGGACAUGCCUUUCUACGCUGGACUCUGCAAAUACAUGUCCUCUGGACCCAUCCUCGCCAUGGUGUGGGAAGGUCAGAGCAUUGUGAAGCUGGCCAGGAUGAUGCUGGGUGAGACCAACCCUGCUGACUCCAAGCCCGGCAGCAUCCGUGGUGACCUGUGCAUCAACAUCGGCAGGAACAUCAUCCACGGCAGCGACACCCUGGAGAACGCCAAGACUGAGGUCGACCUGUGGUUCAAGGCCGAAGAGUUCGUCAGCUACACCCCCUGCGCCCAGGCCUUCCUGUACGAGUAAACCGGCCAAUCACCAACCAGUAAACUACACCCAACUGGACCCCGCCUACCCCACUGACCCCGCCCCCACUACACCCGUUGUCCCUGCAGUCGAUUCUCUGAAUUGGUCUUCACUAAUCAAUCUCAAACAUGUAGCGCUUAUCAAUAAAGUCUCAUGU